AUGAGAUUGGUCCUGCUCGUCUUCGUCCAGGCGGCCUUCAUCCUGGCAACAGUGGCUGGCGCAACUCGCCCUUCCGGCGCUGACCUUCGCUCCCAACGCUGCAAUGCCCAGUUCCUCAAAUGCAAGUUGCCAAAGGGCGUAACUCUCGAGCGAGUCGACUCUCUCCCCGCGGGCAGCACCUACGGCGAGGGCGCCGCCAACCUUGCAUACCCAACCAAUCCCACGAACCUGCCAGGCUCCUGCGCGCUGACCUUCAAGGUCGUCAGCUCCCCGACGUCUUCCUACCGAGUGGGGGUCUUCCUCCCGGACAAUUGGAAUGAGCGGUUCCUGGCAGUUGGAAAUGGGGGCUUCGGCGGUGGGAUCAAUUGGAUGGACAUGGCUGCAGGCGCCCAUUACGGCUUUGCCACCGCAUCAACCGAUACAGGCCACAGCUCGACUACCACAGAUCUCGCUUGGGGUCUCAAUGCCCCGGAGAAGCGCAUCGACUGGGGUUGGCGCAGCAUACACGGCGCUGUCCAACACGGAAAGGCCAUCACAAAGGCGUACUAUGCCCGCCCUAUCAAGUAUUCCUACUUCAGCGGGUGCUCGACGGGAGGUCGUCAGGGGCUCAAGGAGGUGCAGAUCUCGCCGGACAGCUUCGACGGGGCGCUUAUCGGCGCGGCUGCCUGGGAGACGGAUCAUCUUAACAACUACGUGACUCAAUUGGGAAUAUUUGACCUGCCCACGGACUCACCGGGCUUCAUCAACUAUAUGCAAUUCCCAGUUAUCGGGCAGGAAGUGAUCCGACAGUGCGACAAGGCCGACGGUGUUCUGGACGGGAUUGUGAGCGCUCCUCAGCUGUGCAACUUCGACUUUGGCAAGCUCCGGUGUGGCGCUGGGUGUGCUCUGAGUCCGUCGGCGUGCUUCUCAAAUACCCAGAUUGAGACGGUCAAGAAGAUCUAUGGGGACUGGCUCUCGCGUACCGGAGAAUUCCUAUACACAGGUAUGACCUUGAGUUCUGAGUUUCAGUGGUAUACGGUGCUGGGCGGCACGGCGCCGACGCCCUUUGGUGUCGGCUACCAGCGGUACUUUUUGUACAACGACCCAGACUGGCCGUGGCAGAGCUUCAACGACAGCGCCGUCCAGUUCGCCGAGAAGCACGAUGUUUCCCGUGCCACUGCGGCGCAGUACGACAUAUCCGCUUUCAAGAAGCGCGGCGGCAAAGUCCUCAUGUACCAUGGCGUCGCCGACGGACUCGUGCCCACCAAAGGCUCUGAGCUGUACUACAACCGCACCCUGCAGGCCAUGGGCCCUGGCAUUGGCGACUUCUUCCGCCUGUUCCUCGUUCCAGGCAUGCUGCACUGCCUGGGGACUGUCGUCAACGCGCCGUGGUACUUUGCAGCGUGGUCGCAGGCUUCGGUUCUCGGUACGGACGCAUGGUCGGUGCCGGGAUUCAAGGACGCGAGGCACGAUGCACUCCUUGCUCUGAUGGACUGGACGGAGAAGGGACGGGCGCCCGAGGAGAUUGUCGCCACGACCUGGACUUCGCCGUACGUCCCGAGCUCUGGGGUUUUGCAGCAGCGGCCGCUGUGCCCGUAUCCGAAAAUGGCGAAAUGGAAUGGCGUGGGCGACGUCAAGGUGGCCGCGAACUGGCGCUGCAAAUAG